UGGAUGAUAAUUUGUUAUAUUUUGUUUCAUUUUCAGACUGACACGCUUUAUUUAUCAAAAUGGCGUCUUCAGCAGGUCGUGUUCUUGUUUACGGGGGGAAAGGUGCUCUAGGAUCAGCUAUCGUUAGGUUUUUUAAAUCAAAACAGUUUUGGGUUGGUUCUAUUGAUCUUCACCCUAAUGAAGAAGCUGAUGCCAAUGUGGUUGUGAAAUCUGCAGAAUCAUGGGUGGAACAAGAAGAUUUGGUUGUAAAGGCUGUAGAGAGUGUUGUUGGAGAUGGUAAACUAGAUGCUAUUUUAUGUGUAGCUGGAGGCUGGGCUGGUGGAAAUGCUGCAUCAAAAGAUCUGGUGAAAAAUGCUGAUAUGAUGUGGAAACAGAGUGUAUGGACAUCAACGAUCGCAUCAAGUCUUGCUGCUAAAUAUUUAAAAGAUGGUGGAGUAUUAACAUUACCUGGUGCUCAACCUGCUUUAAAUGGAACAGGAGGUAUGAUUGGUUAUGGUAUGGCUAAGGCAGCCAUACAUCAACUAGUUAAAAGUUUAGCUACUGAUACCAGUGGUAUGCCACCAAACACUCUUACUGCUGCUAUAUUACCUGUUACCUUGGAUACACCGAUGAACAGGAAGUGGAUGGCUAAUGCUGAUUUCUCUACAUGGACCAGUUUAGAUUUUGUAGCUGAGUUAUUUUAUCAGUGGACAAAUGGAGAAAAUAGACCAGCUAAUGGCAGCCUUGUACAACUGCUGACUAAGGAAGGAAAAACCAACCUUGUUAUUUCUUAACUCAAUCUUGCCAAACCUGAGGAUGCCACUAGGCAUAGUUCCUAUUCUGUCCUUUUAUUUCUAUUAUGCAGCAUGACUUUUUCUAAGAAAUUUUGACUAGGCAACAAAAACAAUCUUUGAAUGGGAAUACAACUUUCAGGACAAUUACUGUUUCAAUUACCAUUGAUUUGGAGACAUAAUUAUGAAAUAAUUUGAUUAGAAAAUGUUUGUUUUAAUUAAAUGGCUUUACUUUCAUUCUUGACAAUAAACUGACAUACAGAAAAUGUUAAUAGAUCAUAUCCUCUCUAUUCACUCUGGGACUAGCAUCAAUAUGUGACAUUAAUACUGCUCAGUCAAAAACUUUGAGGAUGCUCUAUUACAAGAUGAGGAGUAGUUAUUUUAUUAGCUUAUCUAUCAAUGUAGACCAGGUAGGAUCAGAAUAAGAACCAGUCCAAGAGGCCAGAAUAGGAACCAACUAUUACAGUAGUCUUUUAUAAAUGAAUGGGGAGGGUUGGGGUGGGGGAAUGGGGGUAGUUGAGUCAUAAACCAUUUCAUACAUUUUGAAUCUCAAAUCUUUUAUGUUGAAAGGUUGAUAGCUUUUAUCAAUUUAAUUGUUGAUUAUUUUCUUUGUUAUUGGAUUAAUUAAGGGUAAAUGGUGCCAUAUUGGAGGAUUUUGAUACUCUACUUCGCAGAAAAGUUUACAUUGAUUUUUUUUUUUUUUGAAAAAAGUACUGUCCCCUAUUCUUGGUUAGUGUAUAACUGCUACCUAGAAAGAGUUUAUUAACUAUAUUGGUAGUGGGUCUGUUUGUUUACUAGUUUUUUUGGUGAGGGGUUCAUUUUGUUGAUGACCUUAUUAAUUAUCGUUACUGAUAACAUUCCUUAUCAAAAAUCUUAAGAUUGUUAAAGGCCCACUUACAUUGGUGAUUUCCAUAUAAUUUCAGCAGAUGGCACAUUAAAUUCUGAUAUCAGGUUUCAACCUGUUGCAGUGUAUGAUUUUUAUGAGUUUUGUCUCUUUUUUUUUUUCUUGUAAUCAGAUUGAAAGUGGACCUUUAACUGGUAAAAUCUUCCUUUUACCUCCUUAAUUGUUUCCUGUGAUUAAAUAAAGUGUUGUGAAAUUAUUUUGAUAGAAUAAUUAGAUAUGACUGUAGGAUAUAGACAUUUUGAAUAUGACUGUAGGAUAUAGACAUUUUGAAUAUGACCGUAGAGUGUAGAUGUAUUAUAUAUAUAGCUGGUAGAAUAGCUUCAUAUUGUAUGAAUAUAUUAAUCUAGUCACAAUAGUGUCAACUAAGUCAUCUUUAUAUUAUGUUUCUCAUUUAUUAUAUUUUUUAGCAUAAUUAAUUUAAUUACCAAAGAUUGAGAUUGUAUUGUAUAACUGUCAAUGGCCUGUCUAAAGUUGAUUGAAUCUGACAAAACCUUCAUGUUUAUUAAAGGAAUAUAUGCAAGACAGGGUUAUCGAUGAAUUUAUUAUAUAGUAGAAUGUCAUGUUCUAUAAUUGGUGCAAUUAUUACAUUCCAUGGUUAUUAUAUUCCAGUAAAAUCUUUGUUUUAUGAAAAUUGUUAUAUUUGGUGCAAAUUUUUGUUUUAUGACCACAUUUAUUGAUACAUUUUGGUAAUUGAAUUAAUUAUGCAUUUAGUAUCCCUAACUGCCAUUUUUUUUUCUUCCAAAAUGUAUGUUUAUAAAUGUAAUAUAUAUAAACCUCUUUGUUUAUAAAUGCAAUGUUAAACCUCUGUCUAUAAAUGUAAUGUAUAAACCUCUUUUUUUAUAAAUGUAAUGUAUAAGCCUCUUUGAUUUAGGUCAAAAUAAUUGGGUUGAUUUGAUGUGUUAUUUCACUAAAUGAUAAAGCAAGAUCUACAUGAUUAUGGUUUUGUUUUGAAUGAUUGAGAAAAAUCUGGCUCGUCUACGGUGUCAACAGGCUUUAUCCAUACAUUUAAAACAUUGUUUUCCCAUAACAUAUAAAAUGCAAUGACAGUUUUAUUUUUGACCCAGAUCAAAGGGGACUAAUUAUGUCAUUGCAGGACAUUAAUGCUUACACUUUAAUGCUUGUAAAAAUAGUCACUUAAUUUCACACCACAAUAAAUGCUUGGUCACAUUAGUUUUGUAUUGAAUUUAAAAGUAGUCCUAUUUUAAUGAUGUUAUACCUGUAUUAAUAGAGAAGUAUAAUAAAAUUGUUAGCAUAACCAAAUAAAUGGGAAUUGGUGUCAGGUGUUAUUCUACUAGAAUGAGUUAUACGCAUAUUAUGCUUUUUGCAUGACACAUGUUACUACUUGUGGCUAAAAUACCCUUAAUUUUGAGUACAGAUUUUUUACUAGAAGUAUUGUUUAAAAGUAAUUUCUUUCGUGUUUUCUAGAAUAAACUAGAUAUUUGGGAAAUCAAAAAUGGAAUUUAUAAAACAUAAAAUAAAUGUUGCAUGAUACUAAUGUUGUACAUGACCUAAUUUCAUGACACAGUGAAUAAAGAGGCAAUAAAUUGAAAUUUCUUAAUUUGAAAUGAAUUGCUCAAAAUUCAUGUUUUACAUAAUUGCAAUAUAACAUUGUUAUUUAAUCAAAUUGAAAAUCAAAAGGAGCUUUACAGUCAAAAGAACUUGCAUAAUAAUAGAUAAGAGAAAUCCUAAAUAGUAUCAGUUUUGAGUAAAAUACAUACCAUAUAUUUCAUAUUAAAGUUGGUUUUGAUUCCCCGGUUGUACGUAGGGUCGCCUGUCCAAACUCCUGGGUUUUCUCCAGGUCUUCUGGUUUCCUUCCACUAAUAAAGACCCCUACGCACAUGCGAAUUAUUGAAAUAAAAUUGAACCAUAUUUUAGUCCCGAAAUGACCUAGUUUGUGUCAAGUGGAUGUUAAACCCCAUUUCUCUCUCUCCCCAUAUUAAAGUACCCCAAAAAUCUGUCUUCAUUUGCCCAGUUGGUGCAGAAACAUGGAAUGUUAAACCUCAUUUCAUUUGAUAUAUAACUUAAACAUUAUUAGCAUUGAAAACUCCUCAAAUGAGAAGUGGUAUCGGGUGUUCUAGAAAAGCUAAUUAUAUUCUCAUUCUCAAACUAAGUAGAGAUGCCACAGUCAGAAUAAUAUGGAGUGGAGAAUAUCAGAAGUGUUAAAAUAAAAUGAAAUAACAUUAAUUUUGUUGGAUAUUUGUCACAUAGAAAGAGGUCUUAUGUUUUUAGAUGAAUAUAUUGAGUAUUUCUAGUUAUAUUGAGUAUUUUAUUAAUCAUUAAGAGCAAUAAUAGUUGUUAUUACAUGUAUUACAUGUAUUUGUAAUGUAUAUUUGGAUUUUUGUUAGUUGAUUAUAAAUGAAACUUAUAGAUCAUGUUGGAUAAAAAUAGACACAUAAUGCCAAGAUCAUGAAAACUCUUUUAAGACAUAAUAAAUCAGAAUCUUUAAUUA